CCGGCCGGUCAAGCGGUCAAGCCAUCAGCUGUUUAGUGCGCUCCGAUUUGGGUAAUUACGACAACAAUAGAUCGCAAUAGCAACAGCAAGCAGACGAUGAGCGAGGCCGGCACCAACGCGGAUGCCGUGGCGGCCGAGAAGGAGCGCAAGUUCCGCAUCCAGGCCGGCGCCUUUCUGGGCCUAGUGGGCGGCGUUUCCGCUCUGUUCGGAUUCUCCCGCACGCUGGCCACCGCGAAGAAGACGGACAGCAAGGUCCUCCAGCAGGCUGGAACCCGGCAAGGACUGAUCCUGAUGGACGAGGGCGCCACCCUGGCCCUGAGGGCACUGGGCUGGGGCACUCUGUACGCCGUCAUGGGCACCGGCGCCUUCUGCUACGGCUUCUGGAAGCUGUCCGGAGCCAAAGACUUCCAGGAGUUCCGGCUCAAAAUGGGCAACGCACUGCCAAGAAUCACCAAGGACGAACCGCCCGCCAGUCGCACUGACUUCGAGAGCCUCACGGACCUCAUGAAGUACCUGGCCGCCUGGAACAAGGAAUGACCAGCUCACAAACACACACAAUUUUAAUGAAACCAAACGCCUGAGUAGACUAUAAGAUAAACUGAAACCCUUGUUAACUUGAGUUUACAUACAGGCAAUGUUUUUCUUUCAAGAAA